AUGCUUCUCUACAGCUGCCUCUUAUCUGUGAUCCAGAUCAAUAAGCAGCAAUGCUACACCGAGGACCAGGGGCAGACUGCUUCAAAUUGGUGUCUGUCUGGGACACAGGAGGGGAAUGGAACGCAGAUUGACUUCCUGGCUGUGGAUGAGAACUAUAACUUUGUGAUGCAGGGGUUCAUCAACCUGGAGACCAUUAAGACCAUCAAACCAGGUGAUGAGAUUGUGGUGGAGUGCACCUAUAACACAGCCACUCGCAAAGGAAUCACGCAGUUGGGGCUGGCCACCACUGAUGAGAUGUGUCUGGCCUUUAUCAUCUACUACCCAGCCAUCAGUGUUGACAAAGCUCUGAAGCUAGAUUUUGGUUUUAAUUCAUUUCAUUCCAGCCAUUACAAUGAGCCAGUCCUCCUAUUGUUCCUCCUACCAGCCUCCACUGAUGUGUACAUAAAUGUAUCAAGGUGAAAUUAGGGGACAUUCUAGUUGGUUCCUGUAGAGAAAGGCUACUAGUGUCAACUGGGCUGAACUGAACUGCAAUCUAAUGGAUCAAACAAAGUAAAUGAGUUGAACUACAAUAAUUAGUAUUGGUUG